UGGCGCUGCAGGAGGCACAUGACAGUUGGGGUCCAUAAACAUUAAACGCGGAUAUAAGAGUGAUCGGACAGAUGCCGAAAGCGAUGGUCGGACAGUGAAAUGUCAUUCCUGAAGUUUAAAUAAACUAGCAAAAACCAUAAAGGAUCCUUGGUCUGUUUUCAAGUGGGAAGGACUGGACAGUUCAUAAGUCUGGACGAAAUAAUGAUACGGCUACCACUCGCCUGCCUACUUCUUACUCUGGCAGCUACUGGAUACGGAGGUGGCGAUGGGUGUGUGCCGCGGGACUUUGGUCAGGGGUCAGUGGUGUGCGAAUGCAACUCUACUUACUGUGAUUUGCCGGGGGUGAUUAAAUUGCCCCCCGCGGGGCAAUUUUGGUCCUUCACCACCAACAAAGCAGGGAAGAGGUUUGAAAAAUUGUUGGAGCAGGUACAGAAUGCCACCACUGGUGCAGCUCUCAGACUCAGUAUCGACAGCAGCCAGAAGUAUCAGAAGAUCAAAGGCUUCGGGGGGGCCAUGACGGAUGCAGCAGCCAUGAACAUCCUCUCCCUGUCUCCUGGAGCCCAGGAUAGCCUGCUGAAGCAGUACUUCUCUCCCGAGGGUGCAGAGUACAGCGUAGUCCGUGUGCCCAUGGCCAGCUGCGACUUCUCCAGUCGCCUCUACACCUACGCUGACACACCUGGAGACUUCCAGCUGCUCAACUUCAGUCUGGCCCCCGAGGACCUGAAGAUGAAGAUUCCUCUGCUGCAGCGUGCCCAGGCCAUGUCCCCCAGACCCCUGUCUCUGCUGGCUAGUGCAUGGAGCUCCCCCGCCUGGCUGAAAACCAACGGCGCGCUCAUCGGCAAGGGCACCCUGAAGGGCGAGGCGGGGGGAAAGGAGCACGAGACCUGGGCUAACUACUAUGUCAGAUUCCUGGACGAAUACAAGAAGCAUAACCUGACCUUCUGGGCAGUGACCACUGGGAACGAGCCCACAGCUGGCCUUAUAACCAACUACAGCUUCCAGGCUCUUGGCUUCACCGCGGAGAUGCAGCGAGACUGGGUGGCCCGUGACCUGGGGCCGGCCAUCGCCCGAUCUCAGCAUGCCAAAAUCAACAUCCUCAUUCUCGACGACCAGAGGGCUCUGUUACCACACUGGGCCAAAGUGGUGCUGAGUGACAUCCAGGCCUCCCGUUACAUCCAUGGCAUCGGGGUUCACUGGUACUGGGACCCCGCCAUCCCAGCAGAGAUUUCCCUGUCCACCACACACCACCUCUUCCCAGGGUACUACCUGUUCGGCACAGAAGCCUGUGCAGGAUUUAGUCCCGGGCAUCACGGUGUGAAGCUGGGCUGCUGGGACAGGGCGGAGAGGUACGCCCAUGACAUCAUUGAGGACCUGAACCAUUAUGUGACAGGCUGGACCGACUGGAACCUGGUUCUAGACUUGGAAGGAGGGCCCAACUGGGUGAAGAACUUCGUGGACAGCCCCAUCAUCGUGAACAAGACCAGCGACGUUUUCUACAAACAGCCUACCUUUUAUAUCUUGGUCCACUUCAGUAAAUUCCUGUGGGCAGAGUCACAGAGAGUGGGCGUGUCCUUCAACACACACUCUGAUUUGGAGAGCUGUGCAUUCAUCAGACUGGAUGGGUCCACGGUGCUGGUGGUUCUGAACAGGUCCAGCAAGGAUGUGCCGUUUGAAGUGUGGGACCCGAGCGUCGGCUACAUCCCGGCUGUCUCCCCGGCGCGGUCCGUGCUCACCCUGGUGUGGGUCACACGGUGACGCACCUGCUAGCCAGCCAGCCCACGGACAGACAUGCCCCAAAGAGGCUUGGCAGCCCCCAAUCAAAGGAUGAAACACUCACCUGGAUGAUUGAUCUGAUAUGAACCAUGCCUACACUCAGUGAUUUGCACGAGUUCCUGACUCAUUACUCUCCAUUAACAGUAUGAAUUUGUACAAAUUUCACUGUACCACAUGUGGUAAUGUACAGAAUGACAUUUCAAAUGUUUAGUUAUUGCAGAUUCAGAUAAAUGAAAGAUUAGAGCAGGUUGUACUCUGCGAGGAGAAGGUUAGCUCUGGCUACAGAUACAAACUAUAUCUCUACCUCCUGAGAAUGUUCUCCAAGUCUAGUUUCCAAAAUCACACUGCUGAAAACAUGCUAACAUACCAGUGUUUUGCGGAUGUCAUUAAUGUAAGCCGUCAUUACAAACGUAACAUUCAUGGUAACUAUGCUGUAGGCUUAUGGAUAUUCCUUCUAACUAAAAAUGGGUAUUAAGGAUGGUGAGUGGCUCUAUGGGUGAUGACUGCGUGCCAGGGAUCGGGAAGGUCACUGGUUCAAAUCUUGUGGCUGGCAGAUUGAUAUCACUGUUGGGCCUUAACCCAAGUUGCACCCGGGACGUGGGAUGACCCUGCUCUGUGAUCCUCACUUGAAUGACACUUCGUACAAUAGUGUGUUAAAUAAAUAAAUCUAUAACUGCUUAUAAAA